ACUUUUACUUUUGAGUAUGCCCAAGACAAGAAGAGCACAACCAAAGACGUGUGUUCUAAUUGUUGAAGUGUUAUCUACCUUCAAAAUCUAGCAACUUCCAUUCCACACAACACACACAAGUACAGCAGUUACAGUUAUGGCUUCUCUUUUGUCCUUUUCUUUUGCUUCUCUUUCUCUCCCAAAAUCUCAAUCUCUGGAUCCUCAUAAUCUCUCCGAUUCUUCUUUCUCCGGUAAAAGCAACAGUAAGAGUGGUAAUUGUUGUUUUCCAACGUCGUUUGAACGGAGAAAGAUGGUUCUGUCUUCCAUUGCUGUCAUUGCUGGAACUUUUUGCAAAGGCGGAAUUGGUCUUGCAUCUGAAUUUGCUGACAUGCCUGCGCUUAGAGGGAAGGAUUAUGGCAAAUCAAAAAUGAAGUACCCAGACUACGUAGAAACCGAAUCUGGACUCCAGUAUAAGGACUUGCGACCCGGAAAUGGCCCAAAACCAAAGAAAGGAGAGACAGUAGUGGUAGAUUGGGAUGGCUACACCAUAGGUUAUUAUGGUCGCAUAUUUGAAGCCCGGAAUAAAACAAAAGGCGGUUCCUUUGAGGGUGAUGACAAGGACUUUUUCAAAUUCAAAGUAGGAUCGCACGAGGUAAUACCAGCUUUUGAAGAGGCUGUUGCAGGCAUGUCUCUCGGGGGCAUUCGAAGGAUAAUUGUACCCCCAGAACUUGGAUAUCCUGAGAGUGAUUAUAAUAAAGGUGGCCCAAGACCUACAACAUUCUCGGGCCAACGAGCCUUGGAUUUUGUGCUAAGGAACCAAGGGUUGAUAGACAAGACUCUCUUGUUUGAUAUUGAGCUAAUGAAGAUUGUUCCAAAUUGAUUUGUCAAAUUCUUCAUUGAUCCUGAAAUAUCACCACCAAAACAUUCAGAUAAGUCUACAAUUAAUUCUGUCAGUGCCAAUAUCGUUGAUUGAUCCUUCAUACCUUGCAAGUAUUUUCUGGCUAUGUUCUCCAUAGGUGAUGAAAAAUCAUGAAGUAUAAUACUGUAGUUUGUUGAACAGUUUUAAAGAUAUGAAGUAUAAUACUGUAUAAGCUGCUAGAGCUGUAGUUGACUCUGAUUUUUAACACAUUCUGAUUAUAUUCAAUAACUACAUACAGAUGAGGAAGCAAGUUUUUUUUUUGUCAUUUCUUUUGAUCACUUUGUUGGCAUCGACAUUUGAUGCCUGCCUAUGCGACAAUUUUGAUGUAAUAUUCCAGCUUUUCAUUGUUCGUUUAUCUGGUAACUGUAA